UUAACCCCUUGGUGCCACCCGGCCCUUUAAGGGUUCCAGAAGCCGGGAGGCGGGAAGGUUUUAGGGUGAUAUGAUGACCGCCUCACAUGAUCGGGAAAGGUCCCGAUCAAAAGAGAUCGGGACCUUUCCGUGAGUACCGAACGUGUGUGAUGGCAGAAAGCAGGGCGCGCGCUCUCAGCACACUUUUUUUUAACAGAACGCAAAUGUGCGGUCGCUCGGCGUCUAGGCCCAGACGCUGGAAGGCUGCACAUUUGCGUUCGGCUGGCGCCAAGAGGUUA